AUGGAGAUACUGCCGAGAUCGUCAGAGGAUUUGUGGAGGGGCUUCGAGGGUUUUGAUCAGGUAGAAAGUUCUAGGGCAUUCGUAAGUGUUGGAAAUAUCCAUGCGUCACAUACUGGAAUGCCCAAGGAUGACUUAUGGGUUUUUCCCCAGUGUGUUAUUACAUGUUCUAUAUCGGAUUUUUCCCAAUAUUUUUCUCAAUAUUUCUUAACAAAUGUUCUUAAUCCCGGCGAUAACCGCUGGUUUUGCUCCCAAUGUAGUUUUACUACGUGUCCUGGAUGUAAUCUCAAUGAUAUGGCAGUUGCUCAUCAACAUAAAUUGAUAUCGCAUAUUCUUCCUACUCAACAAAUAGCACAAGGUAAAACUUCUGUUGACUUGAUCGACAGCGCUUUUAAGACGUUUGAAUCAUCUCCAUUUAUUGGUUUCAAAAGUACGGGAAGCAAGCAAUUGCUAUGGCUCACCUAUGGUGAAAUGUCUAUGAAAUGUUAUGCAUUAGCAAAAUACUGGAAACAAUUUGUAGUGAAUGAUAGUAAACAUGUGAGACCGUUUACUGUGAUAAUGGCUGAUACUUCACCCGCCUAUGUCACUUGCUUACUAACUGGACUUUUGUGUCAAGCUGUGAUUGUUCCAAUUCACAGUGCAUUACAACUAGAUGCAUUAACUCAUGUUAUAUCGACAGUUGAUCCGUCUAUUAUCGUUGUUGACGAACAAUGUUUCGAUAAACUUUCGGUUAUUUUAUCACCUAAUCCUAGCAGAUUAAUAAUGACAAUUAGUGGAAGUGAAGAACAAUUGAAAUCAUUAACAACAAUUCACAAAGACUCGAUUUCAUUGACAACUGCUCUUGAGCUGGGUAACAAAAUCCAAAAUGAUAUUCGCCCAUAUUCCUUUUUAUCAAGCGAUACUGUGUCUGCUAUACUUUCUACCUCUGGUAGUACAGGUUUUCCAAAAGGAGCGAUGUUCACUGAAGAACUACUGGUCCCCAACGAUACAUUUACCCUUAUAUCGCUGUUUAUACGUAUUGAUUAUCAACCAUUCGACCCCGUACUUGUACUAUCUCUAAUGAGUACCAUGCAAUAUGGAAGUAGACGAGCUUUGACUAAUCUUAAAGAUAUGUGGGAUGACAUACGAGACAUAAAGCCGACAAGUCUCGGUUUAAGUCCUGCCAUAUAG